GUACUUUUAAAUAUUACAUAAUUUACUCAGAAUCAUUUAUAAAAACAAACAAUCUAUGUUUCUGCUGUGUAGCUUUCUGUAGUACUGUGUAGCUGUGUAUAGUAUACUGUGCAGCUAUGUGUAACGCUGGUUGUACUGUAUACUGGGUAGCUUUGCACUGUGUAGCUGUGUAUAACUGUGUAAAAGUUACUGUGUAUAACGGUUACUGUGUAGCUGUGUGUACUGUGUAGCCGUGUGUACGGUGUAGCUAUGUGUACUGUGUGUAGCCUUGUAUACUGUGUCGCUGUGCGUACUCAGUAGCUUUGUAUACUCUGAAUACUAGGAGGUAGCUGUGUAUUCUGUGUACGGUGUAGCAACGUGUACAGUAGACACGCCUUGUGAGACAGAGGCGAGGCUGUCCGCGUCCAGAUGACUGUGGCCUUAAGGCUAAUGCCAGUUUGUUGUCAGUGCGCUUAUGAUCUUUGAUUAGGAUGAAGGAUUUAUUACCCAGAGCAGUUUGUGAAGACAGUUAAUCUCCUGCCAUAGUGCUCUCCAGUUUUACACUAGCGCGUUUGGUGGCUAUAGCUACCAUGGGCAGGCUAAACAUAACAACACGUUGGGAUCCUUCACUCCACUGCCUACACGAGACCAUGGAGGAAGACCUCAAUCAUAUGGAAGAUGAGACUGCAUUCAGCAACACUGACACAAAUGGCGAGCGCUUGUCCGAGGCCAUGGAGCAGGACGACCCGUCCUUCAAGCGUUCCCGUAACACGGACGAGAUGUUGGAGCUCAGGGUGCUGCUUCAGAGCAAAAACGCCGGAGCUGUGAUCGGAAAAGGUGGCAAGAAUAUCAAAGCCCUUCGUACAGAUUACAAUGCCAGUGUGUCAGUCCCAGACAGCAGUGGGCCAGAGCGGAUCCUCAGUGUGAACGCCAACAUCGACACAAUAGGAGACAUCCUGGUGAAGAUCAUCCCUACUCUGGAGGAGUACCAGCAUUACAGCGGGAUGGAUUUUGACUGCGAGCUGCGCCUGUUGAUCCAUCAGAGUAUGGCCGGGGGCAUUAUCGGGGUGAAGGGGGCCAAGAUUAAAGAGCUGAGAGAGAACACGGAGACCUCCAUCAAGCUGUUCCAGGAGUGCUGCCCCCACUCGACCGACCGGGUGGUGCUGGUCGGGGGCCGGCCGGAGCAGGUCGUCGAGUGCAUCAAGGUCAUCAUGGAGCUCGUGUCCGAGGCCACGGUCAAGGGCCGGACGCAGCCCUACGACCCCAACUUCUACGACCAGACCUACGACUACGGCGGCUACACGGCCGCCUUCGAGGACCGCGGCCGCCGGCCCCCGGGCGGCGGCUUCGCCCCGCGGCCCCUGAGGGGGGUCUUCGAGCGCAUGGCCCCGCCCCACCGGCCGCCGAUGGCCCCGCGGCGGGAGUACGAGGACAUGAGCCCCCGCCGGGGCCCGCCCCCGCCCCCUCCCCCGCUGAGCAGGGUCGCCGGAGGGGGCCGGGCGCGGAACCUACCCCUGCCCCCCCCGCCGCUGACCAGAGGAGGGGGAGACCGGUUUCCCCACGGAGGCUACCACGGCAGCAUGGAUGACAGAAACAACGACCGAAGAGGCCGGCUGGGAGAGCCCUACGAAGGCAUGGGUGGGGGUUUUCACGACCGCAAUGCCAACUGGGAACCCUUUCAGCCUGGCGGCCGGGGCUCCUACGGGGACAUGAGUGGACCAGUCGUCACCACACAAGUCACCAUCCCCAAAGACUUGGCGGGGUCUAUCAUUGGUAAGGGGGGCCAGAGGAUCAAGCAGAUCAGGUCAGAGUCGGGGGCCUCGAUCAAGAUCGAUGAGCCACUAGAGGGCUCCGAGGACCGGAUCAUCACCAUCACAGGGACCCAGGACCAGAUCCAGAACGCCCAGUUCCUCCUACAGAACAGUGUGAAGCAGUUCUCUGGACGGUUCUUCUAAGACAACCAAGGACGUGGGGGGAAGGAGAAGCAAAACUGCCAUAACUGUUGGGCUCUUCUAUCCAUAUUCAACCUAUUCCUUUGUUUGGGAUAGACGUUGCCCCUUCCUCUUCAUCAUAAAUGGUCUGCUACGUCAAGUUUCCCAGCUGUCAAGUUACCAGCCUCCACCUUCUGUGCUGAUGUUUUCAUUUUAGUUGUUUUUUUACUGGAUCCAUGUACUGUAAUUGGAGUAAACUCACUUGUUUGGUACCUUGUUUUAUUUUGUUACGUGUGCCCUAGCACCCCCUGUGCCACCGCUGUGUUCCAGUACAGCAGAAUGUCAUUUUAAUUUUCUGGAUUUUAGCUUUUCUCCAAAUUAUUUGGUACACUCUCAAAAGACCUUGAGCUGAUUCGUUCUUUUUUUAAAUGUUUCUUUAACGAGGUAAUUAUUUUUAAAUAAACCAAGGAGUAACAACCAAUUGUUAAAUGUAUAUCUUAAGCGAGAAAUCGAUUUCCAUACUUUUACCAACAAUUCUUCUAACACAAUUCUUUCGAAUGUUUAGGAAAAAAUGCACAAAAAUAGACAUGAUUUACAGUUUUUCUCAGUCGCUUUGGUACAUUUCUCAGAUCCGAAUUGAAAUUUGCAAAACAGUAAGUGCAUUUCUCAAAACAAUUCGUACAAAUAGCAAAACACCAUGGAUUUCAUGCAAAAGCAAGUCUCUUGCCCAAAAUCCUUAGUUUGUUUCUCAAAAGUAAAUAUCUGUGUCAAUGAACAUGUCAGUGCCAUCAAAAUGACAAGUCCUUGCGUCAUUUUGUACGGAUAAGACAGUCAAAUUGCUUAGUCAUGUUGUCAAUAUAACAGUGUACUCUGGAGGGAUGUUCUGAUGUAAACCAUGGCUAAAGUUUUGAAGACAAUUAUUGUAAAUUUUAAGUUACACCUUAGUGUAUGUGGGAGAUUGAUUGCAAGAGACUGGACAAGAUUCACAUUUACGCUUUGACUGUUUGUACUGUAAUUUGUUGACAGACCAUGUCAUUGCAGGAAAUGUGAACAUAGGACAAUCUCCUUAGGGUAAACAGUACAUGCAUUGCUGUAGGAAUUACAAUGCAUUCAUCCUACACCUCCUGACGUUCCUGUCUGUUGGGCCACAAAUUCUCAGACAAUGUAAAUUUGUGUUGUGCUCCAGCUAUAUAUAUACUUGCCAGUUCAUGGUUCAGGAGAUGCACCUUUGAGCUAUUCCAGUAAACUGGUUGAUCGUUGGUUGAUCUAACACUUCACACAUUUCCCUUCUUUAGAGAAAUCAAGAUUCACCUGGUAGCAAUUUACCAAUUCAAAAAAAAAGUCUAAUGGAAAUGUAUAGAAAUAUGCUUGACAUAUUAUGACAACUUGUUCAACCAUUUUGCAUGUAAAGACUUAUGCAAUGAACUAAGGCCCAAAUCUUGUGGGGGUGAGACUAUUCAAUAGAGACCCAUUACAAUACAUUUUGAUCAACAUGACAUAAGCAAUUUAUAAUGUAGGAAAGAGCAGAUAAUUGUACAUAAUCAUUUGCAUGAAUGUACCAAAGCAUUUGCAACUUGUUCACAGAAAUGAGAAACUGCUUUUUUGAUGUGCACAAACGACACAAUGAUGUGAAGAUUGAACAGGUAGUUUUGAGAAUUUCAAUUCUGAUCUGAGAAAUGUACCAAAGCGACUGAGAAAUACUGUAAUACAUGGGCUUUUUGUUUGGGAGUAUUAUUAUGCUUAGCAAAUUGAAGACAAACUGAUAAAAAAUCAUUUGUUUUGCAUUGAAGGACAGGAAGCUGAUGCAAAGGUGUAAAUAAUCAGUAUUAUAAGAUAAUUUGGUCACCAUUGCCUCUUUGAAAGAGACCGGGCCAGAAAAGGAAGUCUUGUGAUAUUUUCCCAUUAUCAUAUAUUAUCACUUUACAAAUUAUUAUUUUUUUGUUCAUGUACAUGCCUUACUGUGAUUAAAUCAUAUACAAUCAUUGGCUUACAGUUUUCUUUGUUAUUGUAUUUUUGCUGAAUGUAGCCUAUUUUCAGUCUAUUAAAACUUUUGAAAGGCAAUAUUGAGGAAGUGUGCGUGUGGGUCAGUGUCUAGCAAUGGUGUUUUUUCGUCGACGUCUUUCUCAAGUCUUCAGUUCCUGCUACAAAGCACAGCCCCACCGCCUCUCAGCGUCACAUGGUCCGGGGCUUCACCGAGACCCGAGCUGUUGGACUGGGAUAGGAUUUCAAUCCCGAACG